AACAAUUACACAACACAACUUGUCUAACUGGUGACACGUCACUGUGAAGUAAAAGGAAUGCAACCGUUUCUCUCCACAGACAGACCCGAUCCGCCAUCAAAGGAACAUCAUCGCUACACAACCUCGACAUUUACAGGAUAUUACACUGCAGACAAAUCGGUGAGUCCUUUCUCCUGAAGACAACAGAAGAUGGCUGACUCGGCUGUUUUUCAAAGUUAUUUGAACUGCCCCGUUUGUGCUGGAACGCUGAAAGAUCCCGUAUCUCUGAGCUGCAGCCACAACUUCUGCGCCAGCUGUCUGCAGAGAUUCUGGCAAGAAUCUAGGAGCAGAAACUGUCCUGUUUGUAGAAGAAGAUCCUCAAGAGAGAACCUCUCUGUGAACUACACUCUGAAGGAACUCGCCAACUCUUUUGCCGGAAGACAGGCGCCUGAACCAACCCCGUGGCUCCAACCACCUGAACCAUCCCCGUGGCUCCAACCAUCUGAACCAUCCCCGUGGCUCCAACCAGAACAGAAGCUAAUAGUGGUGUGUAGCAUUCAUCCAGAUGAUCCAAAAUACUUCUGUAAAGAUGAGCAGAGAGCUGUGUGUCACAUGUGUGAGUUCACGCUCCACCAAAACCACAAAGUGGUUCCGAUAGACCAGGCGAUCAACGAGCUGAAGGUGUUGCUCAGAUCUGAUUUAAAGUCUCUGCAGGACAAGAGGAACUGGAACAUGCAGGCAGAGAAAGCAUACAGCGAAAUGGCAGAACACCUAAAAAUCCAGGUGUUGACGACUGAGAGUCAGAUCAGGGCAGAGUUCAACAAGCUCCACCAGUUCCUAAAACAGGAAGAGGAGUCCAGACUGGCAGCUCUGAGGGAGGAAGAGGAGCUGAAGGGAACGACUAUCAAUAGAUUUCUCGGCAGGAUUCAGGAGCAGAUCUCUUUGUUGACAGACAGUAUUUAUGCGAUUGAAGAGGAUCUCCGUAAAACUGUCUUGCCAUUCCUCAGCACCUAUAAAGCCACUCAGAGCAAAGCCAGAAGUCACAGGUCACUGCCAGACCCACAGCUGGUUCCAGGAGCUCUGAUAGAUGUGGCCAAACACCUGGGCAACCUGUCCUUCAAAGUCUGGGAGAAAAUGAAAGGGAAGGCCCUCUUCAGUCCCGUCAUUCUGGAUCCAAACACCGCUCACCCCAGCCUCUAUCUGUCCGAUGAUCUGACUGGUGUUAAAUGUGGAGAAACAUGGCAGCAGCUUCCUGACAACCCAGAGAGAAACAUCAAGUACGCCAACGUUUUCGGUUCCGAGGGCUACGGCUCAGGGAAGCACAGCUGGGAGGUGGAGGUGGGAGAUCAUCCUGACUGGAUUAUUGGUUUGGUUAAAGAGUCUUUUGACCGAAAGAGAGAGACAUUUGCUUCAGCUAAGUUUGGAGUUUUAGUUCUGGUGCAUCGCGGUGGAAAAUACUCCAACGGUGCGGGCAAGGCAGUGACAGUCAGGAGGAAUCUGCAGAGGAUCAGAAUCCAUCUGGACUACAAUGGGGGAGAGGUCUCCUUCUACAGCUGUGACGACAGGAGUCUCCUCUGCAGUCACAAAGACACUUUCACUGAGAAGCUCUUCCCAUACUUCUGUAUCGGAAAGGCCGGCGAGGUUAAAACAUCUCAUGUUAAAGUCUGUAAAAUGUCUUCCUGAGUUAUAAAAUCAGAGAAUGACAGGUAUGCUCCAUCAGAAAACAGAAAAUAUCUGUGAAUACUACAUGCAAACAUACAAUACUACAAAAAAAAUGUAAAAAAUUAAUUAAAAACAUAAAAAUAUCAAAAUGUUAAAAAUAAAACGAGGGAAAUGCUGGUAGACUUCUUUUUUUUCCCAAUUAUCCAAAAUCCCAGAGAUUUUACUAAUGACUAUUAUAUAAGAAAUAACUUUCACUUCUUAAUAUGAAACAUUUAUUUUGUUUUGUUUAUGUAUCAAUUUUUUGUGGUGGGUUGAUGUUCUUCAUUUUACUGUCAUAAUGAGAUUUACAAAGUGUUUGUGAUGAAAUUAUUUGCAUUCCUUUGUUUAAUAUUUGUAUAGAUUAUUUUUGCUGAAGAGGAAUCAGGGAUUCAACUGUUUUAUUUUAAUGUCAGACCUCCAAGCUUGAAACUUUACUGUUGUUAAAUUGGACUAGAUUAUUGGGAUUUGUAUGUAUCUUCUUUUGUAUUUUAUCUUAUCAAAGGUAUUUUUGGUAACUUGGACCAAAACUUUUAUUUCAGUUUUGGUCUGGAUCUCUGAAGGUGAAAAUUGAAGUAACUUUAUACUUAUAUUUGCACCAAUUCUACUGUUGAAUUUGUUAUUUCUUACUGAAAAUGUACAUAAAGAAAAUAACCACAGUCCAUCGAUAUGUGCAUCUGGACUUUAUAGAAACAUUAAACAUUGCAGCA